AGCAAGGCAUAUUAAAGAAAGCGUUCUCCGUCAAAUAGCUGGAUUAUUUUCAGUAUUAUAACAUCGAACAAAAAAGUUUCUCUUUGCUUCUGGUUACUAGUUCUGAAAAAGAUAUGGAUGAAUUGGAUGAAGAAUAUGGAAAUGGUGAUCUGGACUUAGCCGAGAUUAUCGACUCAUUAAAGGAAACUAGCGACUCAUCAAAGAUGCUGGAUCGUUAUCCCCCCUACUCUCCAUUCUACGGAGUGAUGGGCGUCGUCUUUUCCAGUGUGCUGACAUCGGUUGGAGCGGCCUACGGAACCGCUGUCUCCGGAACCGGAAUCGCUGCCACAGCCGUGAUGCGUCCGGAAUUGGUGAUGAAGUCAAUUAUUCCGGUGGUUAUGGCGGGAAUCAUCGCCAUCUAUGGUUUGGUGGUUUCCGUGCUGCUUUCUGGCGAACUGGCGCCUUCUGAACGGUACUCGCUGCCCUUGGGAUAUGUGCACUUGGCAGCCGGACUAUCUGUGGGAUUCGCUGGACUUGCUGCUGGAUAUGCAAUUGGCGAAGUGGGCGACGUUGGAGUGCGGCACAUCGCUCAGCAGCCACGCCUCUUCAUCGGCAUGAUUCUGAUCCUGAUUUUCGCCGAGGUACUCGGUCUCUACGGGCUGAUCAUAGGUAUAUAUCUAUAUACGGUUAAUAUUUCAUAAUAAAUUUAUUUAUGAAUCAUAAGAAAAAUGUA